CAGCGGUGGCGCAAGUCGCGCGGAGCAGCGCAGCCCGGGUCCGCUCCUUGCUCCGCCGCCACCUCUCGACCCGGCCGGUAGAGCCGGCGCUCCAGCGGCCCCCGGAACAACUCAAAGCGGACGAAGGAGUCCAUGUUGGGGAACUUGGCGUCGUGACGGGGACCUAGGGACCUGCAGUGGGGCCGCCGCCGCCGCCGCCGGAGCAAGCGCCUCGACCUCGGCCUGAGAAUCAUUUGAUGGAAAACUGAUUGCAUAACUGCUUGACCUGAAGAAUUGUAAAGGAUACCCUUUUUCAAGGAGAAAUGAAGAAGAAAACUGUAUAUACCCUAAAUGUGGGAGAUCAGGAGUAUGAAGACAUGGAAGGUGAAGAAAACAAAGAUAAUACUGCUACCACUGGUCUGUUGUACAGUGAAGCUGACAGAUGUCCUAUAUGUCUUAAUUGCCUAUUAGAGAAAGAAGUUGGUUUUCCAGAAAGCUGUAAUCAUGUCUUUUGCAUGACCUGUAUUCUUAAAUGGGCAGAGAUACUGGCUUCAUGUCCUGUUGAUCGAAAACCAUUUCAAGCAGUGUUUAAAUUGAGUGCAUUGGAAGGUUGUGUUAAGGUUCAAGUAAAAAGACAGUUGAGAGAAACAAAAGACAAGAAAAAUGAAAGCUCUUUUAAGAAACCGCUCUUCUAUCGUGAAAAUUCUAAAAGCUGUAUGAGGAAAAAAGUCAUAAAAGAUCUAUUAUGUGCAAAACUUUAUGAUUUGAAGAUAACACACAGAAACCCUACACACAGUGAAAUGGAAGGAAAGAAAAAUGCAACAAUAAAGAUAAAUAAGCCCCGAAGAUCAAAUCAGUGUACAAGUCAGUGCUUCAGAAAUUUUUUCUCCAAUAUGUUUUCUUCUAGUAAUCACAUUGGAGAAUCUUCUUUUACCUGUAGAACUUACUGUACAGAAUUUAUAGAGGUCAAUGAAAUGAAUACAUUGAUUAGGCAGAAGAGACAGGAAUUGGAAUUGUCAUGGUUUCCUGAUACAUCACCUGGGAUUGGAAGAAUUGGUUUUAGACCCUGGAAUAUUGAAACACAAGUGCUUCCUCUCAUCUCUUCUGUGUUGCCAAGAACUAUUUUUCCAACAAGUCCCAUAUCUUUAGAAAAUUUUGGUACCUCUUGCAAGGGAUAUGCAUUAGCACAUACUCAAGAAGGAGAAGAGAAGAAGCAAACUUCUGGUACAUCAAACACCAGAGGAUCAAGACGAAAACCUGCAGCAACAACUCCUACAAGGAGAUCUACACGUAAUACAAGAGCUGAAACAGUCAGUCAGUCCCAGAAAUCCCCAGUAUCAAAUAAUUCUGGGUGUGAUGCCCCAGAUAACAACAAUCCAUCUGUAAGUGUGUCCUCUUCAGCCAUGUCAGAAAAGCAAACAAGACAGGCUCCAAAACGGAAGUCUGUAAGAAGAGGAAGAAAACAACCUUUAUUGAAAAAGAAACUUCGGAGCUCUAUACCUCCCCCUGAAAAAUCAUCUUCCAGUGAUUCAGUAGAUGAAGAAACAGCAGAAUCUGACACACCACCUGUGUUAGAGAAAGAGCACCAAUCAGAUGCAGAAAGUAGUAACAGUUGUACUGUGCCAGCAAGUGUCGAAAAUGAGUCUGCUAAUGGUUUGAGAAGUUGCAAUGAACAGGUAGAAGAAAGUGAGGAACAUACUGAGAACCAUGAUACAGAGGAAGCAGUGGAAUCUUCAUAUUCUGGGUCUCAUACCGAAGAUCCUUCUGUACUAGUUGGAGAGGAAGAGGAUAUUCAAAAAGUCGAAAAUACAAGUGUAGAGGCUAAUGUUUUAUGUUUAGAAAGUGAGACUUCUAAAAAUAUUUCUGGAAAAGGAGGUGAUCCAUUGGAAAAUCAAGACCAAACAUCUGGACCUUCAGAAUCAGAGGUAAAAGCAGACAAAUGUACAGAUCAUCCUUCAAAUUAUCUUCCUACAUGUUCAGGAUCUGAAGUUGCAGUAUUCCAACCUGUACCAAGCUUAGAUGAGUUACCAGAGAAUUCAGAGUCAGUGGUUAAUGAAGAAAAAGUUAUGGAAAGUCCUAUAGUAGAAAUUGUUGAUCAUAAAGAUUUAACAGUAAAAACAGAACAGCUUGUAGAUGGCCCCAAAUUAGAAUCUUCUGAGGGAAGAAUUAUACAAACAGUGAGCAAAAAAUCCAUAGAGGGCUCAGAGGCUCAGUUGCUUGAGCAUGUUGAAACUGAAGAUGUAGAAAUAAUUGCAACAUGUGAUACUUCAGAGAAAGAAAGUUUGAAUAGUAUUCAAGACUCUGAAAAUAAUUUAUUAAAAAAUAAUCUUAACACCAAAUUAGACAAAUCUUUAGAAGAAAAGACUGAAUCUCCUGUUGAACAUUCCAGAUCUACAGAAUUGCCUAACACACACAUUGAACAAAUUCAGAAGCAUUUUAAUGAGGACAACAAUGAAAUGAUACCUAUGGAAUGUGAUUCAUUUUGCAGUGACCAGAAUGAAUCUGAAAUUGAACCUCCUGUAAAUGCUGAUACCACACAAUUGAAUGAAAAUUCUGUGGAGCACAGUUCUCAAAAUAAUAUGCCAUCUUCUGAUCCUACAAAUGGAAAGGUUGAAACUGUAUCUCAGCCAUCUGAAAGCCCAGUAGAUGUGAUGGAGAAAGCCAAAAAGCCUCGUACCCGAAGAUCUAGAUUUCACUCCCCAUCUACAACUUGGUCUCCCAACAGAGACACUGCACGAGAAAAGAAGCGGUCUCAGUCUCCAUCUCCCAAAAGAGAAACUGGAAAAGAAAGCAGGAAGUCUCGAUCACCAUCUCCCAAGAAAGAAUCUGCAAGAGGACGUAGAAAAUCUCGUUCUCAGUCCCCAAAGCAGGAUAUCGCAAAAGAAAGGCGACGAUCUCAGUCUCGAUCUCCAAAAAGAGAUAGCACGAAGGAAGGCAAAAGAUCUGCAUCACUCUCCCCCAAAAGAGACACUUCGAGAGAAAACAGAAGAUCUCAGUCAAGAGUGAAAGAUUCCUCCCCAAGAGAAAAAUCCAGGUCUCGGAGCAGAGAAAGAGAAAGUGAUAGAGAUGGGUCACGGAGAGAUCGAGAUCGAGAAAGAAGAACCAGGAGAUGGUCUAGGUCCAGAUCUCGUUCGAGGUCACCAUCAAGAUCUAGAACAAAAAUUAAGAGUUCAUCAUUCAGUAGAAAUGACAGAGACACUUACUCUCCUCGGUGGAAGGAAAGAUGGGCAAAUGAUGGUUGGAGAUGUCCACGAGGAAAUGAUCGGUACAGAAAGAAUGAUCCAGAGAAACAGAAUGAAAAUACAAGAAAAGAAAAAAAUGACAUCAGUCCAGAUGCUGAGGAUCCAAAUUCUGCUGACAAACAUAGAAAUGACUGUCCCAGUUGGGUAACAGAAAAAAUAAAUUCUGGGCCUGAUCCAAGGACCAGAAAUCCAGAAAAGUUAAAAGAUUCUCACUGGGAAGAAAACAGAAAUGAAAAUUCAGGGAAUUCUUGGAAUAAAAACUUUGGUUCAGGUUGGAUGUCUAACCGUGGUAGAGGUAACCGUGGCAGAGGCACUUACAGAGGUGGUUUUGCCUAUACAGAUCAGAAUGAAAAUCGGUGGCAAAACCGAAAACCCCUCUCAGGGAAUUCAAAUAGUUCAGGGAAUGAGUCUUUCAAGUUUGUGGAACAGCAACCCUAUAAACGGAAAAAUGAGCAAGAGUUCUCAUUUGAUACACCGGCAGAUAGAUCUGGGUGGACAUCUGCAUCUAGUUGGGCUGUGAGAAAGACUCUACCAGCAGAUGUACAAAACUAUUACUCAAGACGAGGGAGGAAUUCUUCAGGUCCACAGUCUGGAUGGAUGAGACAAGAAGAAGAAGCAACUGAACAAGAUUCUAACCUAAAAGACCAAACAAACCAACAUGGAGAUGGUUCCCAGCUACCUAUAAAUAUGAUGCAACCACAAAUGAAUGUAAUGCAGCAACAAAUGACUGCACAGCAGCCGCCUAUGAAUAUCUUCCCAUAUCCAGUGGGUGUUCACGCUCCUUUGAUGAACAUCCAGCGCAAUCCAUUUAACAUUCAUCCUCCGCUACCCUUGCAUCUGCACACAGGUGUGCCUCUCAUGCAGGUAGCUGCUCCUACAAGUGUAUCUCAGGGACUGCCACCGCCACCACCCCCUCCCCCACCAUCCCAGCAAGUCAGCUACAUUGCUUCACAGCCAGAUGGAAAGCAAUUGCAGGGCGUUCCUAGUGCUUCUCAUGUAAGUAAUAACAUGAGUACACCAGUCUUGCCUGCUCCGACCGCAGCCCCAGGAAAUUUGGGAACAGUUCAGGGACCAAGUUCUGGUAAUACUUCAUCAUCAAGUCACAGCAAAGCCUCUAAUGCUGCUGUAAAAUUGACAGAAAGCAAAGUAAGUGUUACAGUGGAAGCCAGCGCAGAUAGCUCGAAGACAGACAAGAAAUUACAAAUCCAAGAAAAAGCAGCACAGGAGGUAAAAUUGGCCAUUAAGCCAUUUUACCAAAAUAAAGAUAUCACCAAGGAAGAAUAUAAAGAGAUUGUACGGAAAGCAGUAGAUAAAGUUUGUCAUAGUAAAAGUGGAGAAGUAAAUUCUACUAAAGUGGCAAAUCUGGUUAAAGCCUAUGUAGACAAAUACAAAUAUUCACGGAAGGGAAGCCAAAAGAAAACCCUGGAAGAACCUGUGUCCACCGAAAAAAACAUAGGUUGA